GUCACACGUUUUCACACUCAAAUUUACGCCCUAGGAUCAUGUUAAAAUAUUUAGUGUAUAUGCGUAGCUUUGUUUCGUUUUUCGAAGUUUUUUAAAAGUUGGUGUGGCCUUGGCCGCUAAUUUAUUAUACUUACAAAAGUAGUCAUGAACGAUAUACCAGUGUUUAUGUGUAUAUUGAAAUAUGAGUAAAUGUAUAGUUUAGUAACGGUUUUUUCAAAAUGCAAGGAAAACCAAUGCAAGGAAAACCAAUGCAAAUUAUAAGCAUUUGUGGAGAAGAAGAUUCGUCCAGUUUUCGUUGCAUUCUGCAAUUAAAUGAAGAUGAAUUAAAUAAGAUGUUAUUGGACGAAAAAAUCAAAGAUCGCGUAGUGUCUGUGAUUUCAGUAGCCGGAGCUUUUCGCAAAGGGAAAAGCUUUCUUUUGGAUUUCUUUCUACGUUACAUGUAUGCCAAAAUCUUUAUCUUGAUUCUGAUCAGUCAGUUCGUAUGCGAGCCAUAUGCUAUAGUGGUCCGAUUCGGCAGUUCCGACAAAUGAGCAGUUUCUUUGGGUGAAAAGGACGUUUGCAAAAUUUUAGGUCAAAAAUUGAGGGACUAGUUCGCUUAUUAUAGUAUUAUCAUCUUUAUGUUACAAUUUGAAAAUAGAGGCAAUUGAACUUUAACCACACAUACUUUCCAUAUAACACAAUUUUAAAUUCCAUCAGAUUCUUUCUCUCCACCAUAUACAUAUACAUAUAUCAAGCACCAACGGAUAUUGAAACAAAACUUCGAGGAAAUAGUGCCUUUAAGGUGUGGCACCUCGCUGCUUAAAAUGGUCACAAUCGGACAAUGGUUUUUCAAGACCCCUUUUGACAGUCUUUUACCGAAAACAGUGAUCAAGAUGUAAGAUUUCUUGAAAAUAAUGUACCCUGGUGCCAAAAAUCAGUAAACGCAUACAAUAAGUAUAGAUUAUAUAAGGAUUUUCAAAUUUCCUGAUCGUUUUAUAUUUUAUAUAUGGGUCAAUAUAUACGAUAUCUCAUCAAAAUUAAGCGAUUGCUCACCUAACGGUUGUUUCGGUCAAUGAAUUAUUACAGCCCCUAUAUGUUAGACGGUAUCAAAUGAUUUUCGUUAUUCUAAUGGACUUUAUGCCGAAUAUAUCAAUCAUUGUGAGAGAAAUAUUAAUAAAAUUGCAUGGAAACAUAUUCUCAGUUAUGUAAUAUAUUAGGUAGUGCAUAUUAAUAUAAAGGUUUGCCAAGACAUGAAAAUAUUUCAUCGCCUUUUAGUCUUAGAUUUAAAAUGUUCGCUUACACCUUCCUUAUUUGUUCUAUUAAAGAAUAUCAAUUAUCUACCAUUUCCUCAUUUAUUUGGUUUAUAGUCGAGCCAGAAUUUGGUACGAUUGAUCAAUUAAGUUGUCGGAUAAAACGAGUUCGAAUUAAAUUACCACAAAUUACGCGGCACAAGAUUUUUAAUCGAGCAUCUAAGAUAUAAAAAUCAAGCCGAUUCUUUUAAGGGUAUCUUCUUUGCUUUUGAAGCUUUACCUUAAAUCAUAGAAAAUAAAUUAUAUACACGUUUUAUUGCUUUCGAAACUCACCUUAGUACGUUUAUAAUAACUUGAAUGAUAACGAUUGGUUUGGCGAUGAGAAUGAACCACUACAAGGAUUUUCAUGGCGAGGCGGUUCGCAACGCGAUACCAUUGGAAUUUUAAUAUGGUCUGACAUCUUCCUAUAUGACUUUCCAAAUGGAGAAAAAGUUGCAAUAAUUUUAAUGGACACGCAGGGCACUUUCGAUUGUGACAGUACCAUGAAGGAUUGUGCCAAUAUUUUUGCACUAAGCACAAUGAUAUCCUCAGUUCAAAUUUUCAAUAUUCAAUCUAAUAUACAAAAGGACGAUCUACAGCAUUUGCAGUUAUUCACCGAGUAUGCUCGUAUUGCUAUGGAGAAUACGGGAAAGAAACCAUUUCAAAAGUUACAAUUUUUAAUACGCGACUGGAUCCAUAUCUGUGAAGCUCCGUUCGGUGCACUCGGUGGUAAACAAAUACUGGAACAAACAAUAUUUUCGAAAGACAAGAGAUCGGAGGAGAAUGAACAACUAUGUAAGAAUGUGACAACUAGUUUCAACGAAAUUGAUUGUUAUUUAAUGCCACAUCCUGGUGAUGCUAUCGAAAACCCCAAUUUUCGCGGUUGUUUAAAAGAUCUUCGAAGCGAGUUCAGGAAACAUUUACGCGACUUGAUUCCCUUAAUUUUGGCACCGGAAAAUUUAAUUAUCAAAGAAAUAAACGGGCAGAAGUUAAAAGUCGCUCAUCUCCUAAACUUCAUUCGGUCAUACUUUGAAUCAUUCAACAGCAAGGAGUUCCCAGAGCCUACAACAAUUUUUAAGGCUACUGCCGAGGCAAAUAAUCAAAUCCAUGCCUCAAAAGCCGAAGAAUUAUAUAUGGAAAAAAUGAACGAACUAACCAGUCCCGAAAAACCAUAUAUUGCGGAAGAAGAACUAAACAAAAGGCAUGAGGAAAUUGAAAUGGAAGCGCUUGCAACUUAUACGAAUACGCCAUUAUUGGGCAAAGCAGAUUUUUUGAAGAAAUAUUGCAAAAAAAUAAAAAACUAUACUUCGUCCAGAUUUCAACAAUUCGUCAAGAUCAAUAAAGCUAAACUGGAUCUUGCCGAACUCAAUUAUUUAAACAAUAUGAAUAAAUGCAUUAUAGAUUUUGAGAAGCUUAUGGAUAAUAUGCUUAUAGGAAAUGAAUAUAUUCCUCCAAAUGAGUUCAAUAGCAAAAUGGAAGCUGUAAAAUUGAAAAUUCUAGAACAGUUUGAUUCGAUUCGAUUGAGCAGUACAGAGGAUAUACAUAGACACAUUCGUGAUGAACUUAAAGAGGCUGUCGAAAAACAUUGCAUUAAAUACAAACAACACAAUGAUAUUAAAUUGGAUUUGAUCAAAUCCGCUAUUACUAUGGAGAGUUCGGAAGCGAAGAAGUUAUACAAAGAACUCAUGAACAAUACGGAAGAAUCCAUAGAAGCGACACAUCCAGACGCAAAGGAUCGGGCUUUAGAAAGGUUUCGUAAAGUACCGCAGGUUGGCGCAGAAAGCUUCUUUAACGAAUGUGAAAAGCAGCUAAUUAGAUAUAUUGAUGAAAAGUUUAAUUCUUACAAAGAAUGGAGCGUAAAUAAACAGCAAAAUUUACAACAACAAUUGUCUCAUUUAAUAAUGAAUUAUGAAGGCCUAAUGAAGGAUGCUUGCAAAAAUAUAUUAACAAAUGAUGCUCUUUUAUCUAAACACGAAGAGUGUAAAAUGAAAGUUCUUGAAGAGUUUGAAGGUUUACCAACUAAGGAUGAUUCCGAAAAUUAUAUGGACGAAAGGCGUCAACAGCUUGUUGGAGAAAUUGAAGAACUUCGCGAAUAUUAUAGGUCACAAAAUGAAAGGGGUAUGCUUCUGUUCGUGCAAAAUUGCAUAUCGAUGAAGAUAAAAGCGAAAAGGGUACUAUUGGAAUCCCUUGAGCAACUCGGCAUAUUUGCUUCAGUUGAUGACGUUGUCAGUAAUUACAAACAGCUUUAAGCUAUUAUGUAUUAUAUUUGUUAAGUAUUAUAUUUAUUAUUUUAAUACUCUCGCAACAUUUUGCUACAAAGUGUAAGUUUUGUUCACCUAACGGUUGUCUGUACCACUUAAAACUAAUCGAGAUAGAUGUAGGGUUGUAUUAAUACAUAUAUAAAUGAUCAGGAUGAUGAGGCGAGUUGAAAUCCGUGUGACUGUCUGUCCAUGAGUAAAAAUGGAAAUAUCUUAAUGAAACUUAGUAGAAUCGGACCAUUGUCACGUCCAUAAAACGCUCAUAAUUAAAAAGCUAUAUAGUGCCAUAACUAUGCCCCAUGACAAUGAUAAAAUACAAAACGGUGGGCGUGGGCUAGCCCUAUUCUAGGUUUAAUCUACAUAAGUAUCUCCCAAACCACCAAGUCAAAUCAACCAAAUUUGCUCUGAACAACUGGUUUUGUUAGCCCCUCUCCUUAUGACAGUUGUUAGAAAAAAUACUAAAAAUGCGACAAAUCAAUAAAUAAAUGCGUCAGAGACAACAAAUUAUACACCCGGGGUGGUACAAGAGAGAUUAUGUUGAAUUGAGAUAAUAAUUCCCUUAGCCACCAUAUACCUAAUAUAAGUAUUUUCGAAUUUCCAGUUGACUUUGUACCACUUAUACUAUAGUUAAAUGCCUAAAAUAUGUGUAAUCUGUCUAUGAAUUGCUCUAACUCUCAUUUACUACAUAUACGAAUAUGUCGGCCAGUGUGUGAGUAAUAUGUAUUCAUACUCGUAUGUAUAUAUAAAAUUGCUUGAAAAUAUGUUCUCAAGUAUACCUAAGCAAUAUCAUAAGUUAAUGCAACAAGUCCAGACCUUUCUCUGCCCCCAAUAUGCCCUUUAUAAUGAUUACCAACUUUCCAGGUGACUUUAAACCAUUUAGGUUUGGUCAAAAUGAAAUACCAAAUUUGAUUGUAAUCCAUUCACGAUUUCGCCGAACAAUGUAUGGAAAACCUUUGUAUUUGACGAGAUAUUUUUACGAAAUUUGGUAUAAGUUAUUGUCUAAAAUAAUAGGGCGGGACAAUGUCCGAAGAAGUUGUCCAGAUCGGACCACUAUAGCAUAUUACUGCCAUACAAACUGAACGAUCAGAAUCAAGUUAUUGUGAGGUUGUAGUCGUGAAGGGUAUUAUAGAUUCGGUGCAACCGAAGUUAACGUUUUCUCUUGUUUAAUAUAAAGUUUUGCCAACAUCCUAAGUUAUUUCCUAGGCUUUGAUCUAUGCAAGCUGCGAAAGUAUAAAAUGUUCGGUUACAUCCGAACAUAGCCCUGCCUUAAUUCGUUAAUACUUGAUUUUCUUUUUCUUACUACAUAUAGCAUAAAAGUUUAAAAGACACACCUAUUUUUAACCAAGAAAUAUAUGAAAAAUAUCGGUCGGAAUUGAUAGUCGAAGCUGAAGGCGUACUCAAACGGUACAUACUAAGAGGAGAGGCUAUGAAAACAGUAAUAGGAACAGCCACGGGUGUAUUACUAACGGUGGUUACUGUGGGUUGCGCUAUUGUUUUCAAAGUUCCUCCACCAUUUUAGCAUUGAAUAAGUUUUUAAAAUAUAUGUAUAUGUAUAAAAUGCGAAAUAAAGAACUUUUAUAAACUUUA